AUGAGGCCCAUAGGACGACGACGCUUACCAGAGUUAUUCGUGCUCAAUACUGGUUUUGGUAUCGUUUACAAUACGUCGCGGCGUCGCAAACAAGUCUCCCGCGACAAUGAGCGUUACGAGUUCAAGGCGAAGGGGGUUAAAAAGCGAAAGGUGACUGUGGACGUCUCGACUGACGGAGUUCGCGUUACAACUCGCAAGAAGAAAGCUAAAGUCAAGCGGAGCUCAAGCUCGAUGCUGUUCAAUCGCAGCAGCCGAAACAGCACCAGCAGCGAAUGCAUCGAGAUCAUGAACCACCCGAUCUACCGCAUCUUCUACGUGUCCCACGACAGCUCCGACCUGAAGAUUUUCUCGUACAUCGCUAGAGAUGGCGCCACCAACGUCUUUAAAUGCAACGUGUUUAAAAGCAACAGGAAGGUUAGUGGCUUUUGUUUGUUAGAGUAG